GAGGAAAGGAAGCUCCCAGCGGGGCUGGGGAACGGUAACCCGGGCCGGGAGUAACAAGCCCCUGUUAUGUGCCAUGGGGGGGAGAGGACCCUGGCGCGCACGUGUGGAACCCUCCGACCCCCAGCCCCUGUAUUGAAUAGCCACGAGCCGGCCUGUGGUCACAACAAAGUACUGGAAAGGUGGGCGGAGCGGGUGGCUGGUUCAUUGCAGCGCUUCAGGGCAGGGCGUGGGACAGUGGGGGCGGGGCAGUUUAACACGAAAUAAUUUGAUGAGCUAAUGACCCGAUCCUCUUAUUGAUUUGAUACCAUGAGGGCGGUGGUGGGGAAGAAUGAGUUCAUUGCGCUACUCAGUACAUGGACUAGAGACUGAGGAUGUGUAUCCUGUUACUGUUAAAUGGAAAGCAUCAGCUGGAGAGCUCAGUCAUCCGACUGGCUUAGACUUCUCCUCUGGAGCCUGUGUGCUGAGAAUCCGAUGUUGGGCUCGGCUUCCUGGCUGAACACAGCAGAUCAGCCCAUGAAAACUUCCAUUCUGAGCCAAAGGAAGGGAUCCAACAGAAGACAGCACCUACUCUUUCAGGCUUGGCAGCAGGAAAGGGGACGAGAGGUGGAGGCUGGAGAGUCCGAAAAGAAGACUGAAAGGUGACAUUUAAGUUGAAGAUGGGUGGUGGAGAAAGGUUCAGCAUUCCAGUUCCCCAGUUUAGAAAUAUUACCACGAAGAACAAACAACUUAAUAACAGGCAAAAGAGCAAAGAUCAGAAUUCUCAAAUGAAGAUGACCUAUAUGAAGAAAGAAAGAGGACAUGGAUGUAGCUCAUCAUCUAUUGCAUGGCAGGCCAUGCAAAAUGGGGGCAAGAACACUGUGCACUUCCCAAAUAAUCAGAAUUGGAGUCCUACUUUAUCAAGUCCCAACUCACUUUUCACAUCUCAAACCAAUCAGAACUAUGCUGGAGCAAAAUUUAGCGAGCCACCUUCACCAAGUGUUCUUCCUAAGCCACCAAGCCACUGGGUACCUGUUUCCUUUAAUCCUUCUGAUAAAGAAAUAAUGACCUUUCAACUUAAAACCUUACUUAAAGUCCAGGCUUGAGAUGGAACUUUAAAAAUUGAAAAGUUUAAAUUUUUACAGGGUUUCAAAUUUAAGAACGUUAGUUUAAAUUCAUAGUUCCAAAAUGCACUAUUUUUUUUAUGGAAUCAGAUGUUAACUGCAUAUAAAAAUUGAGUCACAUGAUGUGGGGACCUCUCUUCAAGAGAUGUCCAACUUAACUCUUCAUAUCAUUCAGAGUUGUGUGCAUUUACUGUGACAAACUAUGUACUUGCAAUAUCAGUAUGCAAUCUAAACAAAGUUUGGUGGUCAGUAAUGCUAAUGUAUUGUAUUGCUCUUGGAAUUUGAACUGUGACCACUUAAAAUAUGCUGAUUUUUUUUUUUCCCCACUGGAAAGAAAGUUGUGGCAGAAAACCAACUUUUACAUUAUGUAAUGCAGCUUUGAUUGGAAAAAGUAAGCAGUUUACAGAAGUACUCAAACCUUAAACUAGUAUCUUUCAUACUUGUUUCAGAUCAGUUAAUUGUGUGAAACCUGUUGAAAGCUAAUUAAGAGCUUUUUUUUACAACAUAAAUCUACAUCUAGCCCCUAGGAGAGAGAAGUUUUUUAAAUUAUAUUAGCGAGCUUUUAUUUUGUUUGUUAAUCAUUGAUUGACAGGCAGACAAACUUGUGACUAAAAUUUAGAUGUUUUUAGGAAAUUUACUCCCCCCAGAUUGUUUUGUAAGGAUGUAAAAAAUAAUUUGACAAAAUUGCCUGACAUUUAAAAAAUCUAGAAAUGCAUUUUUAUUUUGAACCUGUACAAUUUGAAAUGUGCCAACUAACAAAAGCAUUUUGCACUGCCAGGUGACUGCCAAAAAACUUCUAAAACCUUUCCUUUAUUGGGAUUGCACUGAGCAGUUUUUAAAAUGCAUUUUUGUAUGUUUUAUAUCUUUGAAAAAGCUGAAAUGAUAGAAUUGUUUGGGCUAGUCUUAAAUUGGAUACCCUGUAAUGUGAAUUUGUUUAAACGAGUGUUGCUUUUGGUAAGUAUGAAACGUUUAAAUAGGUUGGGGAAAAAAGAGCCAUGUAAAUAAAUGUAAAACUUUGUAGCAUAUGUAAAUUUAUGCUGGGCUUUCCUGCAGAAAAAGUAUUUUUAGUACAAAACUGCUGAAUGUAAGAUGACCAUGCUGAGUACAUGGCCUGAUUUAAAAAAUAAAUAUUUUGUUUAAAGAAAACUGUAAAAGCACAUGUGGCUGUGCCCUUGCACUUAAGUACCAGUGAACAUUCACGUUGUUUGAUUUUGUUGUAAGCUGUUUUUUUAAGUAAAUUCAGUGCAAAUGAGGCUUUUAGAAUUUUUAAUAAAACAAAAAAAACUUUCAAAAAAAAGCUACACAAAUAAAUCUGUGUAAAAUGCACCUGUUUUGAAUGUAUAAAAGUGACUUUAGCUGGGAUGAACUAUUAUUAUAGUACACUAAAAAGGUUCUAAAAAUCUAUCAAUGUAAAGGUCUCUGAAGAGACAUGUUUAUAUAAAUAGCUAAGAGCUAGAGCCCUGCCUAUAAUUUAAAGUAUUCUAGCUGGUUUUAUCCAGCAUUCUUGUAUUUGAGCACAGUAACUCCAUUGAUACUGAAAUGAAGAUUGAGCCAUCCACAUCUGGCUCUUAUUAUUUGGAAUAUAGAUGCAACAAGACUGUAUUUAAUGUCCCUCCCCUUAAAGAACCACUGCAGUGCUGUUCUAUUUAAAAAUAUAUAAAACCCUAUUAAGUCUUCCUUCUGAACUUUAUUCCCAGUAUGCUGGUUGUCAGCAUAUUAGUGUUUAAAUAAAAGCUGUUUGUAAUAUGAUACCCAAUGCUUGAUUUUAUUCAGUGAUGCCAUAAUCCACUGUCUACAAAAGCACAGAUGCUUCCAUGGUGGAAGCGAGAAACUGAUUUGUGACAUACUGAAAGAAUAUGAAGACAGUUGUUUAAACACAGUAAUCAGCAAUAAUGAAGAAUGGGGAGUAAAUAGGGUAAUGAUUACAGAAAGUAGCUUGCUAAAACAAAAGUGGUUCUUUAAGUGCUCAAGAUGCACUUCUGUGCAUAUAGUUCUGUUUAUACAUUCAAAGUGCUGGCAGCUAUCAAUGUUUACACAUCUCCAAAUAAGAUAACUAGAUUGGCAGUUUUCUAAAUUUAUUAUGUUCCUUGUCUCCCAAACUCUCACCAAAUGUCAUCCAUUUUACCCAAAGUAUAAUUGUUAUAUUUGAAAUUUAAAGUGUUUAUGAAGUACUGCUUGUACAUGUAUCAAUUGGAAAUCUAAAAAACAACCCAAAAAAAUAAACUACCUAACCCUUUCUCCCCCUAAA